AUGGCCGAUCGUCAUAAUGCACUCGCACCUCCCCGUAAGCUGGGCGGCAAAACAGCAGCUGGAGUCUUCGCCCUCGUCCUUCUUGCGUUUGUUACAGAGUCUCAGCUUACCCAAUACGUUCAGACGAAGCUAGACUACCGCAAACCGUAUCUAAUCUUCUACCUCGUCCACUCGUCCUUCUCAGCUUCCUUCUUCCUCCAUAUUCUAUACCUGGUUCUCUUCACUGGUAAAAGCUAUCGCGCGCUCCGGAAUGGUCUCUCCUUUGCCAUCACACGGCACAUGGCCCCGCAUAAUGACAACACCACCGUUACACCUUCCACCCCGUUCCCUACUGUUAGAUUCCUGGUCUUGUGUGCUAUCAUGACCACUGGGAUCAGCAUACCCGGGCUGCUCUGGUUCGCUGCCAUGGCCCUUGCUUCGGUCACCGAUGUCACUGCCAUCUGGAACACGAAUGCGUUCUUUGCCUACAUAUUCACCGUCAAGCUCAUGAAGCUGAAAUGGGGCACCCUCCGUCUCGUUGCUGUCUGUCUCGCGACCAUCGGCGUGCUUAUCAUCGUGUACGGAGGGAGCACCAUGUCCGAGGUUCCGGAAAGCGACGCAUCAUCACAGUCCACCCGGCCUUCCGGUCCCAUGGUCGGAGAUCUUCUCACUCUCGUGGCGUCGGCCGGCUACGGGCUUUAUCAGGUCCUGUAUAAAAAGAACGUUGCUCUGCCGUCAGACGAGAAGGCACCGACUAUGUAUACCCAUGUUUCUGGAUCAGUCGAUAGUCUGGAAGAAGAAGCACAAACACUCGACCCAUCAGACAAAGAGGACGAGAUGGUAAAUCCGCCUUUUGGCUUGCAUGCCAAUCUGGUCACAAGUACCAUUGGCUUGAUGACCUUGGUUACUCUCUGGCUGCCGCUCCCUAUCCUACACUUCUAUGGAGUUGAGCCAUUCGAGCUGCCUACCGACACGAGGACGUUCUUGACUUUAGCUGCAAUUUGCAUAUCAGGCCUCAUCUUCAACUCGGGUUUCAUGAUCCUUCUUGGCAUCUGGGGCCCCAUAAUAACAUCUGUGGGCAACCUCUUGACCAUUGUCCUAACACUUAUUUCAGACUUGGUCUUUGAUGCUGUGGCUCUAACAGUCUGGAGUUUGCUCGGGGCAGGAAUGAUCAUAGGAGCAUUCGGAGUAUUAGUGUACGAGAUGAGAACAUAA